AUGCUUGCGAUCCAGUCUAUGGAGGGCCCUCCUCGCCCUCUUCCCGGUCCUCCGCCUUCGCUUGUAGGCCCAGAGCCUACUGAAGCUCGGCAGCCAAAGCCAAAGACUCUUCCAUGCAAGUACUGUAGCAAGCGAUUCAGACGUGUUGAGCACGUACAGCGCCAUGAGCGUACUCACACCAAGGAGAAGCCAUUCUCAUGUGGAUGGGAUCGCUGCGGAAAGACAUUCGGGCGAAGGGACCUUCUCGUCAGACAUGAGAAGCUCGUGCAUCUCAACGAAGGUAGCAAGGACAACAACCGACCAAGGAAGUUGUCAUCCAAUACGUCUUCUACUUCACAUAAGAGCUCAAUAUCUGAUGGUCAGAUAAACACUGAGACUAUUGGACAUCAACAUCUCAAUGCACCACGACCACCACCACCUCAGCAGCCCUUACCACAGCCUCAGUCAUUUCAUCAUGGGCCCCCUCCAGUUCCUCAACAAGGACCUCAAGAUCCCCGGACACAGCCUAGAUCUGCAGCUUGUAACCUGGAUCUUUUGUCUGACGCGGCCCUCGCGAGCUCAGUGACGCCUGUUCAGAGGAAUGCUAGUGCAGUACCCCUCCCUCCGCAUUCCCCGGAAUCUCGAAGGAAAAGUAGUUAUGGAGAGUCUAUCGUCGCGUAUACAACGGAACGUCCCCGAGAAGAUCAGCCUGUGGGGUCUGGAUAUGUACCUCAACAACCACCCGCAAGCUCAUAUGAUGAUUACAAUCCUUUCCUCGACGAAUAUGCGUCUUCUUCGCACUUUUUACCGCCGAAUUUCGACACCGAGCAACAGAUGUUGUACUCCAGAAACCAAGGAGCGGGCAUUCAGAGACGACCAUCAAAGUCCUCAUUUCUCCCAGGCCGGUUUCCUCCCAUGCAGACUGAAGCACGAGAUGUUGGGGACUCUGCCUCCCGAGGCAUCGACGAUUCAGCGCGACAGUCAGCCCUUCGCAUCUCAGUAGCCGAUCACACUGUAAUCAAGAACCGGCUUGAUGAGUUUUCCGCUGUUUUGCCUACUGACUUUGUAUUCCCAUCUCGGCAUACCUUGACGAGGUUUUUGGAGGGUUAUAUUAGCGGGCUUCACGAGCACUUGCCUUUUCUCCAUCUUCCAACCUUCUCACCUGCUGAGGCUUCCCCUGAGCUACUGCUUGCUAUACUCGCUGUGGGAGCACAAUAUCGCUUUGAGAAGAACAGAGGCUAUGCUCUCUGGUAUGCCGCCAAGGCUGUAGCGAUGGAACAGAUUCGACGAAGGCGUAUUUCCGAAGUCCAUGCUUUGUUGCCAACUGCUGCUGCGUACAGCCCUCACUCUACAAGACCCUCACCCAGUGCCACGUACCGCCACUCAUUUGCAUCUGCGCAGUCUGAGCGACCAGCUACACAGGAUACGCACCGAGAGCCUUCUCCAAAUACUCCUCAGGCCCGGAUUGAGACCAUUCAGGCAGUGUUGCUUCUUUUUGCCAUCGGUCUUUGGAACGUGCCGACAAUUUUGCAUGAAGCGUUAUCUCUGCAAAGUGUUUUGGCGAUUCUGAUCCGAGAAGAAGGUCUCGUGGCGGAUGUCAAUCAGAGUGCUGUCAAUGAUUGGGAAACCUGGAUCCGACUGGAGACAGCGACGAGGACGAAGCUCGUGGCUUACUGCUAUUUUAAUCUUUGCAGCAUUGCAUAUAACAUGCCGCCAUUGCUGUUGACAUCCGAGUUGAACCUCCUUCUACCUCAAAGAGGUAAGCUUUGGAGGGCUGAGACGGCCUGGCAAUGGCAAGAAAUGCGGCAAUCGACACCAAUGGUAGAACUCACCUUGCACGACGCUUUCUCACGACUCUUUGGCCGGACGAAUCAAGGACUUCCACAGCACAUGUCGUCUUUGGGAAGUUAUGUCCUCAUUCACGCCUUGAUCCAACACAUAUAUCUGUUGAAGCAGACCUCAUUUGCAACUGGUCUCCCAUAUAACAUUCAUCGAACCAUGAAGCCCGAGGAUGUCGAGGAGGUUUCACAGGCCCUUCGAGUGUGGCAGACAAGUUUUGAAGACCAACAUCAGCUCAGGGCGGCGGAAUCGGGACACUACAGCGUAUCGAACUCGAUCGAGGGCGGAACUUUGGACUUUACCGCGACGGCGUUAUUGCGUCAAGCCUAUAUCCGACUCUAUACCGAUGUGACUCCUUCGACCGCGCUCGAGACCCGGGAUCCGCUUUUGGUGGCGUCGGCCUUGAGCAGAACCCCCCUACUAGUACGAAGUCCAAGACUGCACCGGGCAGUGUUCCAAGCGAUCCAUGUUCUAUCUAUUCUAGUCAAAGAAGGAGUCAACUACGUCGCCAGUACCAAAUCAACGGAGUGGAGCAUUCAGCACUCACUGUGCAAUUUCGAGUGUGCCAUACUGGUCUCCAAAUGGCUUCUGACGAUCGCGGCGAUUGGACCGCAUGAUGCUCCUGCUUCCCCAGAAGAGAAGAACAUGCUUGAUAUGAUAAGCCGGAUGGUUGAUGAGACCGAGUUCGCAGUACCACCAAUCGACCCAUCACUUGCAGGACAAAACGAAAUGCCAUCAAGUGACAGCGCGAAGCUGCGGCGACUAGCCGCUCAGGUUGUUCGACUCUGGGCCGAGACUUUUGGAGGGAGACACAUCUUUGAGAUUGUCAAGGUCAUGGGCCAAAGUCUUGAAGCGUACGGCCAUUUGGUUGAGAAGCCGACAGACAGAAGCCCCCAAAACCGACUACUGGAGCCGGGCAUAAACUGA